AUGUUUUCAAAGAUUGUUCUUUUCGCUUUAUUCGGCUUAUCUUCUGCCAUCAUCGACUUAAACUGUACCGAUGGAACAAACUGGGCUAAUAGAGCGUUUAAUUGCGAAAACGUUUAUUCGGACAACGUUUGCGAAGUUCUUUACGCUGCAGCUGCCGCAUUAGAAGUUGGAACAGCAACCACUGACAGAAAUGACAACUGCUACAGUACCGUUACUCCUGCCACUGCCACUACAGUCAAUGCCGAAUUGAAAGAAAUUUCUGUAGCCAACUGCCCUAAGACUUGUGGAUAUUGUUGCCUCACAAAUGAAUUCCAGUGUGAAAACGCUAGACUUCCUCGAAUCAACUGUAACACAGUUACCAGCCGAAUGUGCAAAGAUCCCCUCUGGAGAGAAGUCAUUGCUGCUGACUGUCCAAAUGUGUGCGGAUUCUGUCUGCUCGGAGGAUGUAUCGAUGCUGCUCCAGAUUGUGCUCUCAAUCCAACAAUUUGUUACACACGUGGUCUUGAGUCGUUCUCCAGCACCAACUGUAAACGCACCUGUGGACUCUGCGAUUCUACUUCAACAACUGCUGCUUCUGUCACCAGUUCUACUUGCGCUGACACCAACAGAAACUGCGCCGGAUGGGUUAGAAAUGGCUUCUGCACGAACACCUUCUACACAGCCGCCCAAAGAAGACAGUUCUGUGGUAGAUCUUGCAACUUGUGCUAA